GCCCCUCUGCCUACAGUGCCCUCUUGGCUUGUCAAAAUUCUAUCCAUCCUUCAAGACCAACUCAAAUGCCACCUUCUCCCUGAGGCAUCCCGCCCGAGAUGUGGCCUCUUGCUGCUGAGAGCAAAAGCGCUUGGUCCUUCCCCAGUCAUUCCCGAAGCAGUGCUCUGUGUUCCAAUGGCAUGUGGGUACUUAAAGCGUUCUGAGGGUCGUUAUUCCCAGACUCUAGUUCAGUGCACACGGUAAGAGCUCAGGAAAUAGCGGGCUACACAGAAUAGGGAAUCCAGCACUACACCUGCACGUGGACGAGGCAGCAGACCCAUGAUGCAGGACCCAGCGGCACACAGACCUCCUCCCUCUCCUCUUAUUUCCCAGCACCAGCAAAGCAUGAGCUCAGGGAAGACUGCACACAUGGCCCCUCCCUUCUUGCCCCAGCCAACAGAGCUUGGCUUCCCUUCCCGAGAGCUCCUGCCGGACGGGACCCACACAGGCACAUGCCCCCGGUGCUCAGCACGCCUCCACCGCAGGAGCCUCUCCCUCCAGCAUGAAGCCUGCGCCCCCAGCUGCCCUGGUCCUCAGCCUGGUCUUCGCCUCCUUCCAAUCGGCUUGCUUGACAGAAACAAGCAGUGGCAACAACUCAACCUUGACCAACAACCACCACCCAGAUCCUGAGGCUCUGGAACAGUGCCACAAUGUGGACUUUUGCCCACAAGCAUCCCGGUGCUGCCACGCUGGAGUGGACGAGUACGGCUGGAUCGCGGCCGCUGUUGGCUGGAGCCUCUGGUUUCUCACCCUCAUCCUGCUCUGUGUGGAUAAACUGAUGAAGUUAACCCCAGAUGAGCCCAAGGACUUGCAAGCAUGAGACGCACAAUCAAAGUCCCACGAGUGCCAGCCACCACCCAGCUGUGGAUAACAGCAGGCAUGGAGCAGCGCCAAUGUGGUUUCUUGUAAAGUCAUUUUCACCUUUAAACGUCAGUUACUUUUUAAAGGGAAGGAAGACAGAAAGGGGCUCCAAAGAAAAGAAUGCCAGUGCUGCCAAUUCCAAGAGGCAGGUGGGCCUCUGAGCUCCCAUAACCUCCUUUCUUCAGAGAGUCUCUGUGGGAUUUCCUUCCGUUUAAACCAUGGCCUCCCUCUGGGCUCCAAGGCAGAGCACAACAAACGUAAGACUUGAUCUUCCAGUCAACACAUUUGAAAUUAAACGUAUAACCUUCUCACCGAACAGAGGUCAUUGUCAUCUGUCCUCAUUUCAGUCAAGGGCAUCCCUGUCCCUUCAAAAUGUAAGGAUCCCCAUCGACACCCCCUAAGUCCUCACCCGCAUGUCCAGUGCUUCCCCUGCUCUGUGCUCACCCCCAUGACUAUACCUUCCAUGCCUAAGCUGUCCCAUCCUCCCUGCCAGCAGCCUGCUUCCGGGCCCCACACAUUGACCCUGCAUUAUUCCCGUGAUACUUCCUUCGGUUCUCGCCGCUUUCAGGAUCUUUCUCCCCACGGGCAGCUGUCACACGGCCUGGCAUUGAGCUCUUCCCAUGAGUCCAACCAUCCGACUCCCUGCCCAGGGCUGGGGGGCUCUGGUUGGCCCACUCCUCCAUUGGAUGGAUGUCUUUCCUGGCUCCACUGCUCUUCACCUCCACCUCCCAACUCCAUCUCCAGAACAAAGGCCAUUGCUCUGCCUGGAAGCUUUCUGAUCCUCUCAGGGGACCUGGAGCUGGUGCUCUUAGCUACGGGGCCCUGAGGGGCGGCCAUCACGCAGAGACCUGCUCACAGUGAGGUUAUACUCCUGGGGCACAGAGAGCUUCUAGGGAUGCUUGUCUGGUGAAGGAAGGAACCAAUGAGUCCUCGCCCCAGAUGAACUUAGGACCAUCUUUUUGCAUUCAGAGCCUCCAUCUUUCUAUCAAUGGUGAAAACAACCAAACUUUCAAAGAAGCCAGGUGGCUUGAUUCCUGUUCUCUCCGUGACUCACUCAGCAGGAGGAUGUGGCUGGAGGCUGUGAAGUCUGCAGUGGGGCUGGAGGAGAAGAGGGUGGCUCAUCAGUAGGCAGGAAGAACAAAGCGGCUCUUUCUUUAUGGAGCAAUGGCUGCCCUUUGUCAGGACCAUAUACUUAGAUGGGUUCUACUCUAAAUCAUCAAAAUAUA